AUGUCUGAUUGCCAGCAAAGAGUGUGUGGUAGACCUCCACUCAACACCAGGAUAGUUGGGGGCCAGGAUGCCCCAGCAGGAAGUUGGGCCUGGCAGGCCAGUAUCCAGCGGUCUGGACGUCACUCCUGUGGAGGGUCCCUGAUCAACAAGGAGUGGGUCUUAACGGCAGCUCACUGCUUCGGCAGCUCCAACCCCAGUCGCCUGACGGUUCUCUUGGGUCUUGAGAGCCUGGAUGGUAGCAACCCCAACAGAGUUAGCAGCACUGUGCGUACGAUCAUCCGCCAUCCCGAUUACAACAGGUUCACCAGCGACAACGACAUCGCUCUGCUUCAGCUCAGUGCCCCAGUCACCUUCACUAACUACAUCAGUCCUGUGUGUCUGGCUGCCAGUGAGAGUGUGUUCAUCAACGGCACCAACAGCUGGGUCACUGGCUUUGGAAACAUCCGUGAAGGAGAAUCCCUUCCAUCCCCUGGGACUCUACAGGAAGUGGAGGUGCCUGUGAUUGUGAACACACAGUGCAACUCUUUGUAUGGAGUCGGCUCAAUCACAGACAACAUGAUCUGUGCUGGUCUUCUCGCUGGAGGGAAAGACUCUUGCCAGGGAGACUCGGGUGGACCAAUGGUGAACAAACAGGAGAUGGUGAGCAGACAGGACUCUGUGUGGAUCCAGUCCGGUAUCGUUAGUUUUGGAGUCGGUUGUGCUCGACCCAAUUUUCCUGGUGUGUACGCCAGGGUGUCCCGUUAUCAGAACUGGAUCAACUCCAUCAUCAGCAGUGACCAACCAGGCUUCAUCCAGUUCACUGGGCCACCUCCUCCUAGUGCAUCUAUAGCCCCAGUGCUCACCAGCACGUCUACGCUGCAAAGUAAGUCACCACUACAGCUAGGCUACUCCCAGUACCCAAUACAGCUAUGCUAACAGCAGCUAGGCUAACCCCACUCACCACUACAGCUAGGCUACUCCCAGUACCCAAUACAGCUAUGCUAACAGCAGCUAGGCUAACCCCACUCACCACUACAGCUAGGCUACUCUCA